AUGGCCUCCUCAGCUAGAUCUCGACCUUCAGCAACUUCCAAUCGACAAAGGUCAGGACCUACCCCCCUUCCCACAUACCAGCCUCCCCAACAUCCUCUGAACGAGAAUGCCAUACGCGCCGUCCAGGACCUCCCUCGCAAUCACAAACUCGACUCUCUCAAAGCUCGGCUGAAUGCCGCAAACAAUCACCUAGCAGGGGCAGCGGUUGAUAUCAACGAUCGCUUGGUAGCCCAGAUUGCCCUACACGAGAAGUCUCGGGCCAGACGAGAGAAGCAGGGAUCCCAGGAAGACAAUGAAGAAGAAGAGAUGGCCAUGGAUGAGAAGCGGCAGCAGACAAUUGAAUUGACCGGUAGAUUGGAGUCGGGUGUCCGCAAGAUAAUCGAUGCAAAGUUCGAAGUAGAGGGCGUUGAGAAGGCCCUCAGAGAACUCGAGACAAAUGUCGCGAACAAUCGAGGUGCUAUCGCGCCUACCCAGAGCACGCUUGGGGCGAGUCAGUUCAGACCAAACCGACGAAGACGAGGUGGGGACGCGGACGCUGAAGACAGCGAAGAUGAUACCGAGUCCGCUGGAGAGAACGGAGGCGCUUUGGAUUUCAUCAAGCGGAAGGUAGCAGAACAAAAUUCGACAUAUCAGAACGAGACUAUGUCCUUUCGCUACGCGCAGAACAACGACUACGUUGGCUUUAAGAAGCUCGUCUACGACGCUCAAUUCCCGGGCGACGAUGCACCACUAAUGCCACACUCAUCCACAUGGUUUUCUGAUCAGUCUCCGAAUAUGUCUGACCGUAAUACGCGCGGAGCGGCGGCAGCACCAGGCAGCCAAACAGCUGGCAAUGACGAUGAUCUGGCUGUAGCUUCUGAGCGAAUUAGUAUCAAGUGUCCGAUCACAUUGCUACCUAUGAAAGAUCCUGUUACGAGCACCAAGUGCCCCCAUAGUUUCGAAAGAGAAGCCAUAUUGAGCAUGAUCGAUGCCAGCGACGUAAGAGUUGAUGGAAGUGGUAGACGAGGAGCAGGUGGCAAGAAGGCCAUGCAAUGUCCCGUGUGCACAGUCAUGCUCACAGCCGACGACGUCGCGGCCAACCCCGUCCUUGUCCGCAAAAUUCAACGUAUACAAGCUGCCGAAAAUGCUCAAAUCCAGGACGACUCCGAUGACGAUGACGUGAGAGCACCGACAAGUGGGCGGCUCCGACCUGAAGAGAUCGGUAGCUCGCCAGCAAGAACCCGCACAACUCAAGUCAAAAACGAACGACGAAGCCAAGCGCUGAGAAACAAGAGCAGAGAGGUAUCGAUGGUGCCAAAUUCACAAGUACAGGGGCUCGUAAAUGAGGGGCAGGGAAGACCAAGCAGCUCCGCGGCAACGCAAGUUGUUGAUCUCGAAGAAGACGAUGAGGAUGAGGAUGCGGAGGAAUAG